GGAAAAGGGAUGCUUGUUAUGGCUGUCAAAGCAGCACUGACGGUUAGGAAAACGACCCUUUUCAUGUCACAUUGACAGGAAUUCUAUGCAACAUGUUCGCCUCUGCAAUUUCCAUAUGGAUGGCUAUAGUUUACAUUGUGCAUGCCAAUGAUGUCCAACACACCAAUUUGCAUGAGAGAAAUGCCUCCAUGGGCUUGAAGCAGAGACCACCGUUGUUCAGAGAUGUGGUCACCAUCUUGUCGAGGUCGCACGCGGACCGCAACGUCUACCCGUCUGCAGGGGUGCUGUUUGUCCACGUGUUGGAGAGAGAGUACUUCAAAGGAGAGUUCCCUCCGUACCCAAAGUCAGGUGAUGCCACCAGUGACCCCAUUACCUUCAACACAAACCUGAUGGGCUACCCAGACAGGCCCGGCUGGCUGCGCUAUAUACAGCGGACCACCCACAGUGACGGCGUCCUAUAUGGUUCCCCAACUGGCCAGCAUGCGGGCAAGCCCACCAUCAUAGAGAUUACCGCUUAUAACAGACGCUCCUUCGAGACGGCGCGCCACAAUUUGGUUAUAAACAUCAUGGGAAAUGAAGAGUACCCUCUGCCCUACCAGGCUGAGUUCUACAUAAAGAACAUGAACGUGGAGGAGAUGCUGGCCAGCGAGGUGCUGGGUGACUUCCUGGGCGCCGUGAAGAACGUGUGGCAGCCCGAGCGGCUCAACGCCAUCAACAUCACGUCGGCUCUGGACCGCGGCGGGCGCGUGCCGCUGCCCAUCAACAACCUCAAAGAAGGUGUGUAUGUGAUGGUGGGCGCGGAUGCCCCCUUCUCGUCGUGCCUGCGGGAGGUGGAGGGACCCCACAACCAGCUGCGCUGCAGCCAGGAGAUGGAGCCUGCCAUCAGCUGCGACAAGAAGUUCCGGGCGCAGUUCGACAUCGACUGGUGCAAGAUCUCACUGGUGGACAUCAACAAGCUGGGGACCAGCCACAACCACAACCGGCCCGAUCCAGGCACGGGGAUCCUGGCCGAGAUCGGGGAGUACAACCCGCCCUCCGAGUCCCUGAAGAGCCGCGACUACUACGCAGACUUCCUGGUGACGCUGGCCGUGCCCGCCGCUGUGGCCAUGGUCCUGUUCGUCAUCCUGGGCUAUACCAUGUGUUGUAGACGGGAAGGGGUGGAUAAAAGAAACAUGCAAACACCAGACAUCCAGCUGGUGCACCACAGCUCCAUCCAGAAGUCCUCCAAGGAGCUGAGGAACAUGUCCAAGAACCGCGAGAUCUCCUGGCCCCUGUCCACGCUGCCCGUCUUCAACCCCGUCAGCGGGGAGGUGGUGCCCCCUAUCCACCCGGACAACUACGAGACCACCAGCAUGCCCCUCAUGCAGGCUCAGACAAACCUGCAAAACCAGAUUACAAUACCACAGCAGCGACCAUCAGGUAAAUGGUAUUCCUGAGGAGCGGAAGGUGGCCGAGGCGCUGAACUUGUGACCAGGGGUGGACCCAGCUUUACAGCUCACAGCGCCAACGACGUGUUGCACUUACAUCGCCUAUGUGUUGCUCUUACAUUCAUGCCAUUCUGCAUGCCUCAAACGCGUGUAUCCGCCCCACCCCCUACAUUGUUCGGUCUUUUCAUUUUUAUAUUUUUUCAAGCAUUCAAAAAAAGGGAAAAUUUGUUUGUUGGGUUUGUGUGUUAAAGUCGCAAUGUGUAACAUUUAAUCUAGCUCGUAGCUUAAAAUAACCUGGCAAUAUAUGUACUCAAUGCUGAACGAUAGUGAUUUAAAUAAUGCAAUUAAUAAAAUGAACCCUAAAAUGAACCCUUGAUAUAUAUAUAUAAAAAAGAAGCUGUCCAGCCCAUACCUAUUGGUUUACAAGAAAACCAAUUUUGUAAACCAAUCUUUACAAGAUUGGUUUACAAGAAUUACCGACACUCGACAUGGGAGUGUCGAUUGGGCUAGUUGAGGACAGUUGAGUUUUUGGAAAUCUAAAAUCCACCUACCUACUAACUGGGAGGGGCUCAAUCUUACACAUUGCGACAAAGUACGAGAGGAUGAAAUAUAUUAUAUGACCAUCAUUGUUUACAAAGCUACAGAGGCAUAUUUAAGGUGAAUUAUGUUGUUGUUUUUUCUACUUGGCGCUUCAUGCACCACGGUUCUGUCGGAGUGGGAAUACGGAUGUGCAUUAACUGGUCGUAUGUGCAGUGACAUGGUUGUAACUAUUUCGAUAUCACAGUAAAGCCUUUUUAAACAAACACCACCGUUGGGAUUCAAAACCUGCAAGACACACACACGCACGCACACACACACACACGCACAAAAGAGCAAACCAGCAAAUGUUUUUAUGAAGUUAUGUGUUAUUAACAAUAUACAAUAAAGUCGUUUUUUAUAAAUAAAAUGAAUAGAUUUCACAUUAGGACAGCACAAAAGAAAUAACAAAGUAAUCUUUCAACAAGGCUCUGUGUGAGAUUAUAAAUAGUUUUUGCUCAUACAAAUGGGCAACAAAAAAUAAAGAAUGGGAAGACUAUUAGGGCAGAUAAUAAUCACCAAAUAUAUAGCCUAUGAUCAGAGAGGAGAACCAAAGUGUGAACUACUAUAAUCAAAGCGUUCCUUGUCUUAACCAUGGCAGGAGCAGAAUCCAGGGUAACAACUUAUUUUCCUUUGGGACGGCCUCAUUGCAUUAAUAACUCUGGUCUUUUUGACUCUCAACCUUGUUGGUAAAUGGAUAGUGGAGGGUUCAACAUUGUUAUCUUAACAAUAUGUUCAUGAAGUAUCCCGUUUGUAUUUACACAUGGCAAACUGAAGGAUGUUGUGCCGCAUGCUUCACCUUUGGACCUAUUUUACAGUUGUGCAAAUGUGUGUUGAGUGUGUUCUGCAUCUGCCGAGCCUCAAAGUCACGUAAUAAAAAAGUGUGCUGAAAUACACAAUGGUAUAUAAACAGAUAUAAUGUUUAGACCAAUCAGGAAAUUACUGUCCCUAGUGUAAGCACACAGCUCUGAAACUAAUUCAGGGGUUCCAGUUUUGGCACUUAACAAACCUCUCGUGCCACU